CCGCCUCUUCCUGGCCGCGGCCAGAGGAGCUGUGCUGGCAGCGGGGAGGCGGCGGCGGCGGCGGCGCCCAGUUCCCGGCCCGCCAUGGCGAUCCGCAAGAAGAGCAACAAGAACCCGCCGGUGCUGAGCCACGAGUUCAUCGUGCAGAACCAUGCGGACAUCGUCUCCUGCAUGGCUAUGAUCUUCCUGCUGGGGCUCAUGUUCGAGAUUACAGCAAAAGCAGCCGUCAUUUUUGUUACGCUUCAGUAUAAUGUUACCAUUCCUGCCACAGAAGAACAAUCUGCUGAAACAAUCUCUCUCUAUUACUAUGGCAUCAAAGACUUGGCUACAAUUUUCUUUUACAUGCUUGUAGCAAUAAUCAUACAUGCUAUAAUUCAGGAGUAUGUACUGGAUAAAAUUAACAGGAAAAUGCACUUUUCAAAAACAAAGCAUAGCAAGUUCAAUGAGUCUGGGCAACUCAGUGCAUUCUACCUUUUCUCCUGUGUUUGGGGAACGAGUAUUCUUGUCUCUGAGAACUAUAUAUCAGAUCCAACGUCUCUGUGGAGGGACUACCCGCACACUCUGAUUCCGUUUCAAAUGAAGUUUUUCUACAUCUUACAGUUGGCAUACUGGUUUCAUGCUUUUCCAGAACUGUACUUUCAGAAAACUAAAAAAGAGGAUAUCUUUCGCCAGAUUGUCUACAUUGGACUUUACCUCUUUCAUAUUGCUGGAGCCUAUCUCUUGAAUCUGACCCACCUUGGACUUGUUCUUCUGGUAUUGCAUUACUUCGUUGAAUUUCUUUUCCACAUAUCCCGUCUUUUCUACUUCAGUGAUGAAAAAUACCAGAAAGGAUUUUCACUGUGGGCAGUUCUUUUUGUUUUGGGAAGGCUUCUCACCUUGAUUCUCUCAGUCCUCACUUUUGGCUUUGGACUGGCAAGAGCAGAAGAUCAGCAGCUGAAUUUCAGUACUGGGAACUUUAACAUCCUGGCUGUUAGAAUCAGUGUGCUGGCCUCCAUCUGCAUGACCCAAGCAUUUAUGAUGUGGAAGUUCAUUAAUUUCCAGCUUCGGAGGUGGAGAGAGCAUUCUUCUUCUCAGCCUCAGUCAGUGAAAAAGAAGUUUGUAUCAGCUAAAGGAAAGACCUCCAGAAAAGAAAGAGAAAAUGGAAUAAAUGGAACAGUGACCUCAAACGGAGCAGACUCGCCUCGCAGCAGGAAGGAUAAAUCCUCGUAAAACUGGGUUUUAUUAAGUUAAUUGACUAAUGUCCCCAAAGAAUCUGCUUUUUACAUGGAUGGCCCUUCAGCACUAGAAAUAUUAUGGAUUAAAGAAAAUACAAUUCAUGUUUUUUGAUUAUUGCUGUUGUUUUGAGAAACUUUUUUUAAAAAACCAUUUUGACUAAGGAAAAAGUUUAUCUCUCUUCAGAUACUUGGGGGGAGGAUUCAACACUUUUUAAAACACAUUGACGCUUUUUUAAAUAUUUACUGUGAUGAAAUAACUUACUUAAUGAGGAUCACUGUUGCAGUGUAUUAUUUCCUUCCAGUUUUUGUAAUCUUGGUGAUACUGUUCUACCAACUUCACUUUUUCCAAGUUCCUCAAAAAGUAUUGCAAAAUUGAAGUAAAAACAUUGUAUGCAUAUUCAGAUACUCUGGGUUUUCAGCUAAUUACCUUGACUCAAAUUUACAUUUCAAUUUGGGAUUCCAAGACCACACCAAUAGACCUCUUUAUUUGGUAGUUACUAUAGCUGCACAAUGUCUGCUCUAAGAAUUGCCCCAUAUCAUUAAAACAAAACUGAACUAAUUGGAAACGUUGCAGAGUCUUAUUGUUUGUUGGUUAGAAAUCUCUUACAAGGAGCACAACACCUUUUUGAGAUAUAGCUUUUAGCACCUGAAAAUUAGAAGGGAGUGUGUAUGGUCAUAGAGAGAGUAAUUUGAGUAGCACUGUCCACUUCUGUCUGUGCUUUUGAGGUGUAUGUAUCUUGGAGAAUUGGUGUGCACUGGACCUUCUUUGAAAACUUGUCUGUCUGAUUUUCCGGGUGGAGGUUAUUACAAUGUGCUGUGUUUGUUUUGGGAGGCAAUCAAUGCUCCGUGAAGAGGGAAUUAGAUAAAUGGAUCAAGUGAUGAGAAACAUUCCUUUAUUCUAACUGCUUUGCUUUGUUUCACCUCUGUUAGGAAAUAGUUUGAUUUCUCCUAUAUAUAUUUUUAUGAAAAAAUAUUUAAAAGCUACAGCUUCUUAAAACUGAUUUAUUGUGACCUCUGCUGCAACUGGAAAAAUCUAAAUUUAAGAAUUUUUCCAUUAUCUUUCAUAAUUGUAUUCAAUGUGAAACCUUGUCCAGUUAGUUUUCCAGUUUAUUAUGCAGAUAAUCUUUCCUCUGUAGACUUUUGGAAUGGGUGCAAUUCAGCCUGUUUCACUUGGGAAUGAGUGAGACAGUUAUUGCAGUCCUAAGAAGAAGUUGCUAAAUUAGUCUAUCAAGUUAACCCAAGUAUUGAACUGCUUAUUGAUUAAGGAGUAAUUAUGAGCAAUCAAGCUGAUAAAUAAAAUAAUUGUAAUUAAAAACUGUUAUUAUAAUGGAAUCUAUACCCAACAAAAUUAUAAAUCUGCAUUCUGUAUUUUCUACAGUUCAAUUGCUUACUAUUCAGAAUAAACAUUCUAGUACAAAAUCCUCACUACAAGCAACUAUCCAUUCUUCAGUUGUUUAGCGCUGUUUAGAGUUAUUACAGUAUAAUUUAUUGCAUGUUUCAGCUGAUUACAGACACAAUUCCCAAGUAUUUGGUUCACAGCUCCUGAAGCGGACUUGGCAGACUUGUACUUGCUUAGCUGGAGAGCUCUGGGGCAGGGUGCCCUCGAGUAUGCCCAGUCUGCUUCAGCAGAAGUAGGGAUCCCAUGUGCUGGGACAUCCCAGGUAGAACUGUGAAUCUGUCCAACCUGACAACAAAACUGGAAAACUGGAACUCGGAAAUUUUGAGACUCGUGUACAUUAUAUACUUGUUCAAAAUCAUGUUUUGUGUCUGAUGUUCCCAGGAGAACCUUCAAAGAUUCUGUGUGCCUUGCUCUCAAAUUGUACCUUAAGCCAAAGGGGGUAAAUUUUAAGUGUCUAGUAUGGUGCUUGGACUCUAAAUCAGUUUGCUUGUGAUAUCUGGUUGCACUGGGGCUGAAAGAAUCAUAAAGGGUGGAGGAACAAAUUAUGAAGCAGUCAUUUAAGGUACUUCUUGAGAUCUUCAAGACUUUUAGGAGUCUGAGGGUUGUAAUAGUUGUUUCCCUAAGGCAAACUAUUUCUUGUUAACCUCAUUCUUUGACACAGUAGUCUUGAAAUGUAAACUUCAGGUUAAUUUCCAAAAACUUCAGAAGUAUUCUUGACUGUUAAUACUGACGUUGCUUUUUGUCUCCUUUUGGCCUUAUGGACGGACAUUCUUGUCCUUUGGACAUUUACAAAAGCACUUUUGUUUCCACAAUGGCUUAAUAUUCAUCAUUGCCUUAUAGGAGUUGUUGGUAUCUGCCAAGUAAUAGAAAGUAACAACAGGUGUUCCAGAAAUUGGUUAGAGUAUUGGAAGCCACUAUUUUCUGUCUCUUCUCUCAUAACUAAAAAUACAUAUUUAUCAUGUUUGAUGAGGCAAGACCAGUAUUGUUUAAUUAUCUGCCUUGGGAUAGAAACUCUCAAACUUAGAAGAUAUUGAGACUUCUAAUUUGAUAUUACUUGUUUUAGCAUUAGAGUAUUGUUUGGCUUAAAAUUGAUUUUCAAAUGUUAUUGCAGUUUUGGCUCUUUGCUGUAAUCAGAGUUUCAGUAAGAUGGAAGAAUAUUAGUUGUCUAGUCAUGUUUUCUUUAUUAUGGCAUCAAGAAAAUUAGAAAUGGAAAUGACUGAGGAGUUCAUUAUUAUAUCCUACGCCAAAUAAAAUAGGCAGUAGUUAAUUUAUCCUCAUCAAUUACCAGGUCCCACAAAGAGAAAGCUUUGUCCAUUUAGAUGGAUUUGAAUUGAAUAAUUACACAGACAGUGGAUAGCGUUUGUUUGGUUCGGGUUUUUUUUCUUAAACCUCUUUCUCUUUGCCCCUUCUUAUCAAAACUUUUCAAGAUUUAACAACAGAUGAUUUCAAGCCUUUUUUUGAGCCCUGAAUGUGUGUUUGUUUUAUGUGCCAGAAUAUUCUCUCAAAACCAUCAUUUUACUUUUAAAGUAGUUAUAUUUAAUUUCAAAGUACAAACAAGGAAUGCAGAGCAGCUGAAAUUAAUUUUCAGAGUUUUAGUUUUCAUCUGGGCACUUUCUCCUUGACUGGUUGCAAAGACUGAUUUCUCCUGUGUGAAUCAUUCAUGAAUGUGAAAAUAUUCUUUGGAAAUACUGUUUUUCUGGUGAUCCCAUGCCCAAACUUAGGAAUAGUGAAGGAAUUUGCUGAGCAGAGAAAAUGCAUAGGCUAUUUCUUCUAAGUUUAGGUUAUGCUGAAGGUAAAUUAUGUAUAUUGGGAUGAUGCAUUUAGAAAAUCAGCAGGUAUUGGUAAGCAUUUGGUAUUUUUUCUAAAUACUCUUUCUUUGAAAAUUUUGGUUGUGUUUAUGGAGUUAUAGUACCCAGAAUCAUAAAAAGCAGUGUGGUCCUUGUGUAUAGGUAAUUGGACUUCUGUAAAAAGGGUCAAUACACAUCUGCAGUCCUUUGUUCUUUGCAGAUUUCUGACUGACUGCACCUGAGUUGAUAUUGUUGGGGCAAAACUUGAUAUGAAAACAAGCAUGUUUGGGUUUUUCCCAUUGGGUUAGUUGCCUGAUAGUAACCCCAGAGUUUUACAAGUAAUUAUGUAUAAGCAAGAAGAAGAGUUGCAGGGUAAGGAUCAAUGUUCUAAGGCAUCUGUCCCUUUCAACAGCAUGUUGCUUAAAAAUUACACUAGAUUACACUGUGGGAGAUCUUUAAACGCUUUCAGUCACCCGAACCAGAAGGGGCCUGGUCUCUCUGGUAGUUCCUACAUGCCAAAUCCAUUAAGUAUUAAUGGAUUUUUUUCAUAUCUUGUGGGGGAAGGGGAGCUACUCAUUGUGGUUUACUGUACUGAGAUACCUUUUAUCUGUCAUCAGGGUUUCCAAGCAGUGCAAGAGGACAUUGGCAGAGGAGAAAUAGGGAUUUUGAAAUUGUGGAUUGUCCUGGAUCAAACAAACAACAUUACUUUCCUUAACAGCCAGGAAAUUAUGGGGUUUUUUUUCUUUUUUGGUGUGAGAUUUUUUAGUUCCUACAUCAAUCCUUUAUGUACUGGAGGAGGUAUUCCAGAGAGCUUCACAAGAAUUGCACUGUAUGCGAGCCUUGGUACAUGGAGGGGAGGAUUGUUUGGUUUUCUCUUGGUUUGUUUUCCUGUUUUCAGGAAGUUCACCAGCUGAUUCCUAGGUCAUACUUGGGUUUGGUUCCAUUUGUGACUCAGGCCUUUGGGCCUGUGUUGUAAAUGUUGGAGAUUGGCAGUUUCAAUAGGCUCCCUGUGCAGUGAUCAUCGCUGUCCUAAUUGUUCUGUCUGGAAAAUGUCAGUAUUGAAGGGACUUAAACACAAAGUAGAGACAGUGGUGAUGUUUGUAACAUUUACAGGCCAGUGGGAGCCUGCAUACAGAGAUGGCAUCUGGAGGGGGGGCUGUGGUUUAAUGCCUGAAUCUUGUUAUGCAAAUAUUUAGGUUAUUUCUGGCGCAGGGUAUAAGAAUGUCCUACAAAAUGAAAGCUUGGGGAAUAUUUAGAAAAUCCUUUAAAAAGAAAAAGACUUCAAAGGACUGACGUCAGUUAUCAUCUGUUCAUCAUAUUUGAAUUUCUUACAUUGCGAGCUGUGGAUUAUCUUUAGAGCACUGGAUUAGCCCAUGCUUGUAGGUUUGUCGGUGGGGUUGUUUUAUAUACUGUAAGUUGUUGUGGUGGAUGUCUGGUGAGUGCCCCUUCUUCACACUGCUCCCUGAACUGCUCAGUUUUGGAUCUGAUAACCCUAAAUCUGUACACAAUAAGGAAUUUUGUGUGCUCUUCAGAGCUAAAAUAGGAUCAGUGCUGGAGUGUUUCUGGAUCAGACGUGCAAAAGAAACAUGCACAUCAAUAUGUUGAGUGUCAUCAGAACCUCCUUAAUGGGAACUGAAACUCUUUAGGAAGAAUAAAUUGCAAUACAACUUGGAUAUAGCUCACAUCCACAUAGCAAGUGCUGUUGUGAGUGAAAUGGGACUGCUGUUGGCAUCUGCCCCUGUCCAUUCCCUUUGGUGAGCAAUGUGUGAGGAGUGCUGGGCUGCAGCAGCAGUAGGCUGACUGCUUUCUGCCUUUUAGAGAAGCUCUUUUGAUGUUGCCAAUUCAAAAGGCAACAACUUUUAUUUCUGAUUAAAAAAAAAAAGCAUACGGCCUAGUUUUGAAUCCAAUGCACUUGCUCUUGAUCUCUUUCUAUGUGUCCUGUCACUUUUAUUUUAGGUUUCUGCAGAUACUUUAGUUUUAUCCAGCUCAAGGAUGGCAAGUCUAUGAUGUGAGUGCCAGAAAUGACAACUCCUUUUUCUUCUCUUUGUGUUUGAAACUUUUUGCAGAAUCAGAGCAGCUAAAGUGUAGCUUUAUAAUUCAAUAGUGUUUCAGUAUUCAUUCUUUGUCUGUGUUUAUUGUGGUUAACAUUAAAGGUCAGGCAUUAUCGUUCAGCACAACACAGUUGUUACUUCUUCAUGCCACACACAAGAGCAUUGGGAAAUUUGAUAUAGUGAAUUGAAAAAAUAAUAUGUUAGUCAGUCUGGUUUAACAGAAGUUGAUAUUCCUGGAUGGUUUUGCUUUGUUUAUUGCAGUUCACUCUCACUGCCUUUCUCAUUUAGGAAACUGGGCACCCAAGAUUUCUGAAUCUCUAGACUGUAGUUUUGCUGUAUACCACGUGAAAAAUUAUGGUCUAGAGCUUUUUGUCUCCUUAUAUUUGUUUUUAAAUGUUGAAGACUGUAUCUUGCAUUGUAAUCAACAGAUAAGUAUUCAGCCCAUGGUAACAAGAAUACUGUAACAGGGUAGGAAUUUCAGCUCUUGAACUCUGGACUAGAAACCAAGCCAAAACUUAACUCAUGUUCUCACGCAGGUGAUUCCUCCUCUUUGUUUCUCGAUUAAUCAUUAUCUUUGUUUUGUUUAUGUAGAUUGUAAGUUCUUGUGGCAAGGGUUGUCUUUCGUGCGUGUGUGUGCCUGCGCGUGUGUGUACCCAGGACAAGGAGGUCUGGAGCCCCAGUCCCUGGAAGCUGUAAUAAGCAAUCACCUUGUUAUUGUUUUCCUGGAUAUCAUAAUAAAGAGUAUCAAAUUAAA